AUGGCUACCUUACUGGUUUCAUCCUCGCUGGUCGCACAGAUCCAGAAUAUGCGGCUGCCAUCAAUAACUAAUGUAAGAAAUGAACUGAAUUUAGGAAGAUGUCCUCCUGUUUGUCAAUUUGCCUAUACACGAUGCUUCAGCUCACUCAGUGAAUCCUUAUUUCAAAUUCUUCUUCGUGAAAAUCGAAUGUGUGCGUUGAAGUGUAAACAGAAAAAGUCAGUAGUAACGUUAAGGUUGGAGAAUUCACUGAAUUUGAUUUAUUAUCCAUCAAAGUCGCAGUUCUAUAUACAGAAACGAGGUUUUCGCACACAGCGGUUGGAAAAAGUGGAGAAACCAACGAAAGGAUUUUUUGCAGUUUUGGGCAUCAAAGCACUCGAGAGCAUCGGACGAAAGGGCCCGCAAACAAAAGCUUUUCGAGAAAAACUGAAGACAGUAUCCGAUAAUGAUAGAAAGGGUUUUCUGGAAGGGUAUAUGGCUGCUUUGGAUUACUCAAAUGAACAGAAGCAGAAAAGAUCAGUAUUCCGAACAGUUUUUUUUUCGGCUACGGUAGUCGGCCUGGGACUUUACAUCAUUUUCAAGUCAUUUGGUAUUCCACAGACGUCUCUCUUUACUUCUGUAGAAGAAGUUGAUCCAGAAGUGAUCGGUGUUACGUUCAAAGAUGUUCGCGGUGCUGAUGAAGCAAAAAACGAAUUACGUGGAAUUGUAUCAUACCUUCGAGAUCCAGAACGAUACACGCAGCUGGGUGCACGCCUUCCAAAAGGUGUCCUUUUGGUUGGUCCUCCUGGAACCGGUAAAACACUUCUGGCGAAAGCAAUCGCUGGUGAAGCUCAGGACUUCUCAAGAUAA